AUGCCGGAGAUCGAACACGCGCCGGAAGUAAUAGCCCUUUUUGGGAAAUACGAUUUGGGAAGAGUCGUGGGUUGCGGCGCGUUCGCCAAAGUUCACUACGCGCGCAAUAUUCAAACGGGACAAGGCGUAGCCGUUAAGAUAAUCAACAAAAAGAAACUCUCCGGCACCGGUCUCACCGGAAACGUGAAACGCGAAAUCACGAUCAUGAGUCGUCUUCAUCACCCUCACAUCGUUCGUCUUCACGAAGUUUUAGCCACGAAAACAAAAAUCUACUUCAUCAUGGAUUUCGUUCGUGGUGGUGAGCUUUUCGCGAAGAUCUCAAAGGGGAGAUUCAGUGAAGAUCUCAGCCGUCGGUAUUUUCAUCAGUUAAUCUCCGCCGUUGGAUAUUGUCACUCGCGUGGUGUUUUUCAUCGUGAUCUUAAACCGGAGAAUCUUCUGUUGGAUGAGAAUGGGAAAUUAAAGGUUUCGGAUUUCGGGUUAAGUGCGGUUACGGAUCAGAUCCGACCCGAUGGGUUGCUUCAUACGCUUUGUGGGACACCGGCUUACGUGGCACCGGAGAUUCUCGCUAAGAGAGGAUAUGAUGGAGCUAAGGUUGAUGUUUGGUCGUGUGGUGUUGUUUUGUUUGUUCUUGCUGCUGGGUAUCUUCCGUUUAAUGAUCAGAAUUUGAUGGUGAUGUAUAGGAAAAUCUAUAAAGGUGAAUUCCGGUGUCCGCGAUGGAUGUCACCGGAUCUUCGAAGAUUUUUAUCGAAAUUGCUGGAUACGAACCCGGAAACCCGGAUCACCGUCGAAGAAAUGACCCGGGAUCCGUGGUUUAGAAAAGGGUAUAAGGAAAUUAAGUUUCAUGAAGAGGAUUAUGGGUCGGAUCAUGGGCAUGGAGUUGGGAUCGGGUGUAAGGGUGAUGGGUCGGAGGUGUUGAAUUUGAAUGCUUUUGAUAUCAUAUCGUUUUCAUCGGGUUUGGAUUUAUCCGGGUUGUUUGGGGAAUUUGAUGGGGCGGAGAGGUUUGUUUUAAGGGAGUUGCCGGAGAGGAUAAUUGAUGUUGUGGAGGAAGUUGGAGCGGCGGAGGGAAUGGGAGUGAGGUGGAAGAAGGAAUGUGGGGUUGAGUUGGAAGGGUUGAAUGGUAAUUUCGGAAUUGAGAUUGAGGUUUACCGGCUGACGGCGGAGGUGGCGAUGGUUGAGGUUAGGAGGAGAGGAUGUGAUGCGGCGGCGUUUAGUGAUUUGUGGGAUGUUAAGCUUAAGCCUCAGUUGCUUUCAGGUGGUGCAACGACGUCGUAUCAGCUUGAAAGUGAACCUGAAUCACCGGUUGCCUGUGACUGA